GCGCACAUAACGUGGCUUUUUUAGCGGUAUCGUCGGCGUUUUUCACCUUUAAGAAGCGGCAUACGUUGGCGUGCGGGGUAUUCCGUUAGUCAGUGACACGCAAGGGCGCAUUUAACGGGCUUAACCAGCAGAUAGAAUACGUGUUACUAAGCGGCUAACUUUUAUAGCUUUUCUGUUUGUUCAUCGGCGUGACAGUUUUAUUUUUGUUUAAAACAAUGGUGUGGGUUAGUUAACAGGUACCGUGGUCAGUUACUUAGUUACUGCCGUAUUUUAAUAUAGCUAGUGAAAAGGUAGUUGGUGCUGGUUGGGAUUAGUGUGUGUUACGUAUUCACUUGUAUAUGUAUGUUUUUCAGAUCAGUGUACGGGAAAGUUUAGUUAACGCUGCGGAUCCGUCUUGUAGCCGCACUCAUACUUCAGCAGUGUGUGUGUUGGGGUUCUGGAGUUCUGACGUGUGAGCGAUUGGUGCCGGAACUAGACGGCACUUAUUGAUCUGGACCCUCCUCGGUGAUCACAUGUAUUAGAUCCUGUAUCUUAUUGGUAUUUUUUUGGGUGACGGGGUUUAAAGGGGGAAGAGCUGUUUGCCUGUAUUUGGGCCAAGGUGCACCCCAUCCUGGGUUGUUUCCUGCCUCGUGCCCAUUGCUUCCGGGAUAGGCUCCGGACCCCCUCGCGACCCAGUAGGAUAAGCGGUUUGGAAAAUGGAUGGAUGGGCCAAGGUGUGAGAUAAAGCUGACAACACGAUUGAUACCCUGUAGUUGCUGUGGUUCUGGCGCCAGGAGCAGAAACGCUGCAGCUCAGGAGCUGCUAAGGAGAGCUUGACAUCUGCAGCGCAAUGAUGUCAAAUCCCACAUCUGCUGUCCUCAAAGAUGUCAUCGCGUUUGUUGACGUCUGGUCCUCCAGCAAAACAGAGAAUUACUCUAAACCUUUCAUUAAGCAGUUACUGGAGAUGGGGGCAGAGGUGUCCAAGACUCUUAACAAGCAGGUGACCCACGUGGUCUUCAAACAUGGCCGACAGUCCACGUGGGAUAAAGCCAAGCAGUUGGGUGUCAAGCUGGUUUCAGUGCUCUGGGUGGAUAGGUGUAAAGACAGCGGUAAACAUGUCGAUGAAGGUUCAUGUCCGGCGAUUCAUGAGGAGAGCGUAGCAAAUAAAGUUCCUGGUAAACGAACGCAUCGGUGCAUGCAGCCCAGGGACGUCCCCAAGAUGACCCCAGAAAACAACUGGCGCAUGAAGAGGAAGCUGGAUCGCAUGAUGAAGGAGCUAGUACCCUCCUCACCUGUCCUUUCGGAUGUGUCGCCCUUCCUUAUUGACGAAGAGAGCGCCAUUGUGUACAGCCCCUCGUCCAGGAGGGCGGAUGCCAUGGCACAGCGUUUGAGGCAGAUGAAGCACAGCCGGGAAAACCUCUCUCCGACAGCCUCCCAGAUGACCACAUCGCAGUCGUCACCGCAGUUUUCCUUUGACGAGGCCCGUCUGGUUCAGCUGCCCUGCACCUCUUUCCUACAGGAAGAUGAGGAGUCUGAGUGCGACGUGUCUUUUUCUGGCCUCCGUACAACCUUCACACUCGAUGGCGAAGAGGAGCAGAAGCAGGGCUCCACCCCGGUGCCUUGUGAGGAAAAAGCAAAUCUUAAAAAUAAGAGGCCUUCAAAUUCCAGUGUUAAAUCAGCCCACGCGCAAAGGAACAUGCCAGGCCUCGAUGCUUUAUUCGCGGAGGAGCAGGGAGUCCGAGCGGCAGCUAAAAAACCCAGGAGUUCAGCCAUGACAGGAAAAAGGAGAGGGAGACGGACUAAGGAUGUGAUUCUUGGGGAAGAAUCACACAAUCAAGACGUCCAGACAACCCUGAAAAGCAGAGAUGAACGUAGGUCUCCCAGGCUUGCACCCUUGGGGGGUCGCAUGCGAAAGGGAGGCAGCCAGACAAUCCAGGACCCCCGAGAUCCUGCCCUACAUGUCUGUGGGGCUUCUUUGGUGGCGGAGGCAGACUCGGACACGAAGUGGAGACCCACCCUGCCUCUGAAGUCUGCUCUCUGGCCAGCGAGGUCCUUGGGUGCCGAUGCUGCAGGGAGCCCUGGUACACCAGCACGUUCCUCCACGGCAGACGAGGAAGGGGUGUUCGAGGAUUACUUCUCUCUGGCUAACCAGCCAGACCAGAGUGGCUAUGGGUGUACCCUCCCCAUCUGCCUGUCCCCUGAAUCCGAGUUUGUGGCACUGCCUCAGCUGGAGCUGGAACCUACCUCACGUAAAAGGAGGAGGACCAAGGGCAGUGACAGGGGCAGGAAAAGGCGGCAAGCCCCCGACAGUGCCGCCAGUGUCAUUUUGGAUGGGAAGCUAGAGACACCGCAGUCCUCCCUCAGUGGAAGCAGUGGCCAUACCGCUAGUCAGUCAAGUGGAUUGACAUUACUGGGCCCAAUCGCAGUGUGUGAAGGGGCCAGUGAGAGGGAGGAGCCUUGUCUUCUGGUCUCCAAAGAGGACGGCGACUUGAAUGUGGAAAGCUGCCGGGCUGCGUGUGUGACUGAUGUAAGCUGCAACUCCUCCAAAAUGUUUAGCAAGCGGGAAACGCAGGACAGAAAUGGGGGAUUGAAGGCCCAUGAAGAGAGGAAGGUGAGGAGGACGUUAGUGAUGACCAGCAUGUCGAGUGAGAAGCAGAGCACCGUCCUGCAGGUGGUGGAAACCCUGGGCGGCUUCUCGCUGGCGGACAGCGUAUGCGAGAGCACCACGCACGUGGUGACGGGCAGCCCCCGGCGCACCCUCAACGUGCUGUUGGGCAUCGCCCGUGGCUGCUGGAUCCUGUCCUUCGAAUGGAUCCUGUGGUGUCUGGAGCAUGGCCGCUGGAUCCCCGAGGAGCCCUAUGAGCUGUCCGACCACUUCCCAGCAGCCCCUAUCUGCCGUCUCCAGCAGCACCUGUCGGCCGGUGAGCAUCAGCAGGACCUCUUCUCAGACCAGCCAGCCAUGUUCGUAUCGCCGCACUCCCAGCCACCCAGCCUGAGCCUUGCCGAGCUGAUCCGGCUCUGCGGAGGCACCGUGUGCCGGAGCGUGAGGCAGGCCGGCCUCCUCAUCGGCGACUACCAUGGCAAGAAGCCGGCGGGGGCACGCAGACUGUCUGAGCAGUGGGUGCUGGACUGUCUAACUCACCUCAAGCAACUGCCCUACGACAGUUACGACCUAGACUGAAACGCCAGACCUAGACGCCAGCGGAGGUGUGCAGUCGCUGUACAGCCAUCGCUUAAUGGGAGGCGCCUGAGGGACCUUCAGAAUGAAUGCUUCCCCAUCCCGUUAUGUGUUUCAUCUCUGCAUUCGAGCCUUGAACUCCCGUUACAUGUUUUAUAAAUUUGUACUUUUACUAAACGUAAAGCAGUAAGUCAUGUCGAAAGGGUUUUACUGUGAAAGACAUGGUGCAUCAAUAAUAAAAAAUUCUUGUUUAAUAUUA